AGAGAAGUGACUUUUUUUAAUCAACGACAAACAGUUGAUCCUUAAUCAUCCACUGGUACAAAUUCACCUCCAGAUUGGAUUGCCAUCACCUCCGUCUCGACGGGGUGAUAUUUUCGUGUGAUAUCAGCGAUAAAUCGCAGAAAUAAUGGGCGACUCUUUAGACGGAACGGGCGAGCCCACGCCAGAAUCGCAAAACAUUGUCAUUGUUGAUUCUACGUCAUUCGCGAAUUUUCUCCGGAAAAUUGUCUCGAUUCUUGCGCCAGAGGAGGAUGGGGUGCCAUCAGCUUUUCUCGCAGCACUCGAUGACAAAAAUCAUCAGGAUUACAUCCGUAAAUUCAUCGGGGAUUCGCAAGUGUGGGCGUUGUGUAUUCAACGAAGUUCCACGAAAGAGGAAGACAAUGGCGAAGGGGACGAGGAGAAAGACGCGACGAUGUACCACAUCUCAAACGAGAUCAAUUUCACAAACCCGAAGAUGGCUUCACUGGUCCUGACAAAACGAGGAGGAGUCAUCGAGGCAGACAAGUCCAUCUCCUCUCAAGUGAGAAUUGUGAAUUUCUCAGACGGUCCACCUUAUGAGACACUUCACGCCAUCAGCAAGACGAUGGCUCCAUUCUUCAAGAGUUACGUCAAAGAAACAGGUCGAGCUGAUCGUGACGGUGACAAGAUGGCCCCCUCAGUGGAGAAAAAAAUUGCUGAAUUGGAGAUGGGCCUUCUGCACCUUCAACAGAAUAUCGAUAUCCCUGAGAUAUCCUUGCCAGUUCAUCCACUGGUGAUGCAGGUGAUAAAACAAUGCGCCGAGGAGAAUCGAAAACCAAAGGUCGCUGACUUCGGUGACAAAGUCGAGGACUCGACGUUUCUGAAUCAAUUGCAGAAUGGUGUUAACAGGUGGAUCAAGGAGAUUCAGAAGGUCACGAAGUUAAAUCGAGACCCUGAGUCUGGAACUGCCCUACAGGAGAUCUCCUUCUGGCUGAAUCUGGAGAGAGCUCUCCACCGAAUCCAGGAGAAACGUGAGAGCACAGAGGUGACACUCACCCUCGAUAUCCUGAAACAUGGGAAGAGAUUCCAUGCAACCGUUUCCUUUGACACAGACACAGGCCUCAAGCAAGCCCUUGCAACAGUCAACGAUUAUAAUCCUCUGAUGAAGGACUUUCCCAUAAAUGAUCUGCUCUCAGUGACUGAGCUUGAGAGAAUUCGAGCUGCUGUCCAGCAGAUCUUCAUGCACAUGAGAAAAAUAAGAAGCACAAAGUAUCCAAUCCAGCGUGUCCUGAGACUGGUGGAGGCCAUCUCUCGAGACCUUAGCCAGCAACUGCUGAAGGUCUUGGGUACCAGACGACUCAUGCACAUUCCUUUUGAUGAAUUUGAAAAGGUUAUGGCUCAGUGUUUCGAGGUGUUCAUCACCUGGGACGACGAGUACGACAAGCUCACAGGUUUGCUCAGGGAUUUUGUCAAGAAGAAGAGGGACGAGCACAUGAAGAUGGUGUGGAGGGUCUCCCCAGCCCACAAGAAACUCCAGACGAGAAUGGAGCAGAUGAGGAGAUUCAGAAGACAUCACGAGCAGUUGAGAACUGUAAUUGUUCGUGUUCUCAGGCCCACGGUUCGUCUGAACAGCAAUAAUCCAGCAAUUGAGAAUCCAGACAAUGACAAUGUCAAGGUGGAAUUUGCUCUGGAUGCAGCUGAUGCCAAUGCCAUAAGCGAAGUCAAUUUAGCUUAUGAGAAUGUCAAAGAGGUCGACUGUCUCGACAUCACGAAGGAGGGACUCGAGUCCUGGGAAGCUGCUGUGCACAGAUAUGAGGAGAGAAUCGAGAGGGUCGAGGCCAGAAUCACAGCUCAUCUUCGUGAUCAAUUGGGAACAGCUAAAAAUGCUAAUGAGAUGUUCAGAAUAUUCUCGAGGUUCAAUGCACUUUUUGUGAGGCCUCACAUUCGUGGUGCCAUCAGGGAGUAUCAGACACAAUUAAUUCAGAGGGUCAAGGAUGACAUUGAGGCACUGCAUGAAAAAUUCAAGGUGCAGUAUUCGCAGAGUAAGUGCUGCAAGAUGAGUAUGGUCAGGGAUAUUCCACCAGUCUCUGGAUCUAUCAUCUGGGUCAAGCAGAUUGAUUAUCAGCUCACGAUGUAUCUCAGGAGGGUGGAGGAUGUCCUGGGAAAGGGAUGGGAGAAUCACAUCGAGGGGCAGAGGCUCAAGGCCGAUGGGGACAGCUUCAGGAUGAAAUUGUCAACUCAGGAAAUUUUUGACGACUGGGCUCGAAAGGUUCAGCAGAGGAAUAUUGGCGUCACUGGGAGGAUUUUCACGAUUGAGAGUGUCAGGUCUAGAUCUGGCAGGGGAAAUGUUCUCAAGCUCAAGGUCAACUUUCUCCCUGAGAUCAUUACGCUGUCCAAGGAGGUCAGGAAUCUCAAGAAUCUGGGAUUCAGGGUGCCUCUGGCUAUCGUUAAUAAAGCCCAUCAGGCCAAUCAGCUUUAUCCAUUUGCUAUCAGUCUUAUUGAGAGCAUCAGGACUUAUGAGAGAACUCUGGAAAAGAUCGAGGACAAGGCGAGUAUCAUCCCACUGGUUGCUGGGAUGAGGAAGGAUGUGCUCUCUUUAUUCUCUGAGGGUAUUGCUCUAGUCUGGGAAUCCUAUAAGCUGGACCCGUACGUGCAACGUCUUUCAGAGAUAGUUGUGCAAUUCCAGGAGAAGGUGGACGAUCUCCUGGUGGUGGAGGAGCAGCUGGAUGUGGACGUACGUUCUCUGGAAACAUGCCCCUACUCAGCAAACACAUUCGCUGACAUUCUUUCCAAGAUUCAGAAGUCAGUAGAUGAAUUAUCCCUGAAGAAUUACUCGAAUCUUCACAUCUGGGUGGCCAGACUGGAUGAGGAAGUGGAGAAGAACUUGGCAGCACGAUUGGAGGCAGGUGUGAAGGCUUGGACUGAUGCCCUGAUGGGUCACAAGAAGGAAGUUGAUCUGUCAAUGGACACAGACGCACCAGCAAAGCCCACCCACAAGCCAGGGGGUGAUCCGAAAAUCCAGAAUCAAAUUCACGAGGUCAGGAUCACUAAUCAAACGAUGUACCUCUAUCCCAGCAUUGAGGACGCUAGAUUCCAGAUAAUGCAGCAGCUGUUCGCCUGGCAGGCAAUAGUCACCUCCCAGGUGAGACUUCAGAGCUCUAGAUAUCAGGUGGGAUUGGAUAAACCAGAAUCUGGCACCUACAGGAAUCUCCUAACUAAAUUACCAGGAGGUAAAAUUCCCCUAGAGGCUGCCUACGAGGCUGUGGAGUCGAAAAUGAAAGACAUUGCUGAUUACGUAGACCAAUGGCUGAGAUAUCAAGCCCUGUGGGAUCUCCAGCCUGACAAUCUCUAUGGAAAACUCGGUGAAGACAUCAAUCUUUGGAUGAAGUGUCUCAAUGACAUCAAGAAGACAAGAACUACAUUCGACACAUCAGACACAAGACGUGAAUUUGGUCCAGUUAUAAUAGAUUUUGCCAAAGUUCAGAGUAAAGUAUCGUUGAAGUACGAUUCGUGGCACAAAGAAACACUUGGAAAAUUCGGUGCUCUACUUGGCAACGAGAUGGUGGGAUUCCAUGGACAAGUCUCCAAGUCUCGGAGUGAUCUGGAGCAGCAGUCGAUCGAGGCUGCAAGCACAACAGAUGCUGUUGGAUUUAUUACGUAUGUCCAGUCAUUGAAGAGGAAGAUGAAGGUGUGGGAGAAGCAAGUAGACGUCUACAGGGAGGGCCAGAGGAUUUUGGAGAGGCAGAGAUUCCAGUUCCCCACGAGUUGGCUGCACGUUGAUAAUAUCGAGGGCGAAUGGGGGGCUUUCAAUGAGAUCAUUAAGAGAAAGGACAUGAGUAUUCAAACACAAGUUGCUUCACUCCAGAUGAAGAUUGUUGCUGAGGACAAGGCUGUGGAGAUGAGGACAACUGAUUUCCUGAAUGACUGGGAGCGUGGAAAACCUGUGGAGGGACAUCUUCGUCCUGACGAUGCCCUCCAGCAGCUCCAGCUGUUUGAGAGUAAAUUUGCUAGGCUCAAAGAGGAGAGGGACAAUGUGGCUAAAGCCAAGGAAGCCCUCGAGCUUCAGGAGCCUGGAGGUGUGUCAACCAGUGAAGAUAGGAUGCUCGUGGUCUUUGAGGAGCUGCAGGAUCUUCGUGGUGUUUGGUCAGAGCUCUCGAGAAUUUGGGCACAGAUCGAUGAGACUCGAGAGAAACCCUGGCUGUUAGUACAACCAAGAAAACUUCGUCAGCAGCUCGACACCAUGAUGGCACAGCUCAAGGAAUUACCAGCUAGAUUACGUCAGUACUCAUCCUACGAGUACGUCAAGAAGAUGCUUCAGAAUUACACCAAAGUCAAUAUGUUGAUUGUGGAGCUGAAGUCAGAUGCCCUCAAGGAACGACACUGGAAGCAACUGACGAAGCAAUUGAGAGUUAACUGGAUCCUCAGUGAGUUGACACUUGGACAAGUCUGGGAUGUCAAUCUCCAGAAGAACGAGGGAAUCGUAAAAGAUAUAAUAUUAGUAGCUCAAGGGGAGAUGGCACUCGAGGAAUUCCUUAAACAAGUGAGGGAAUCCUGGCAGACGUAUGAAUUGGAUUUGAUAAACUAUCAAAGCAAGUGCAGAUUGAUCAGAGGGUGGGACGAUCUAUUCAACAAAGUGAAGGAGCACAUCAACUCUGUCGCUGCCAUGAAGCUUUCACCAUACUACAAAGUCUUCGAGGAAGAGGCGCUCACCUGGGAGGAGAAGCUCAACAGAAUUAAUGCACUAUUCGACGUGUGGAUUGACGUUCAACGUCGAUGGGUUUAUCUCGAGGGAAUUUUCUCAGGAAGUGCUGACAUCAAAACACUUUUACCAGUGGAAACCUCUCGUUUUCAGAGCAUCAGCUCUGAAUUCCUCGGGCUCAUGAAGAAAGUCUCCAAGUCCCCGAUGGUGAUGGAUGUUCUAAAUAUUCCAGGGGUACAGAGGGCUCUGGAACGACUUGCAGAUCUCCUUGGAAAAAUUCAAAAAGCCCUCGGUGAAUAUCUGGAGAGAGAGAGAACAUCGUUUCCUCGUUUCUAUUUCGUUGGUGAUGAGGAUCUCCUUGAAAUCAUUGGUAACAGCAAAAAUGUCGCACGACUCCAGAAACACUUCAAGAAAAUGUUUGCCGGUGUUGCUGCUAUCAUUUUAAAUGACGAGAACAACGUUAUCCUGGGUAUUGCCUCGAGGGAGGGUGAGGAGGUUCAUUUCCAGAGUCCAGUGUCCACUGUCGAUCAUCCCAAGAUCAACGAGUGGCUGACACUCGUCGAGAAGGAGAUGCGAGUGACACUUGCAUCGAGUCUGGCAAAAGCCGUUCAGGAUAUCAAGCAGUUCAAGGAUGGCAAUAUCAAUGCCCAGGCAUUUAUGUCCUGGUGUGACAAUUAUCAAGCACAAAUUAUUGUUCUAGCUGCACAAAUUCUGUGGUCUGAGGACGUUGAGGCUGCACUGCACGAGGCAUCAGCAGAUCCCAGUAAAAAUCCUUUGGAAAGAGUUCUGCUCCAGGUAGAAGGCACCCUCAAUGUCCUCGCUGAUUCUGUCCUCCAGGAGCAGCCGGCACUCAGGCGAAAGAAACUGGAGCACCUCAUCAACGAAUUUGUCCACAAGAGGACAGUAACGAGGCGCUUAAUAGCGAAUAGAGUCAAUAAUCCAAAGGCUUUUGAGUGGCUCUGUGAGAUGAGAUUUUACUUUGAUCCAAGACAGACUGAAGUCCUCCAGCAAUUGACCAUCCACAUGGCCAAUGCCAAAUUCUUCUACGGGUUUGAGUACUUGGGGGUUCAGGACAGGCUGGUACAGACUCCAUUGACUGAUCGUUGCUAUUUAACGAUGACACAAGCACUAGAGGCCAGACUGGGCGGAUCUCCAUUUGGUCCUGCUGGCACUGGAAAGACGGAGUCUGUUAAGGCACUUGGCCAUCAGCUGGGGAGAUUUGUCCUGGUGUUCAAUUGCGAUGAGACCUUCGAUUUUCAGGCAAUGGGGAGGAUCUUCGUGGGUCUCUGCCAGGUAGGGGCCUGGGGAUGUUUUGACGAGUUCAAUCGUCUGGAGGAGAGAAUGCUGUCUGCUGUGUCGCAGCAGGUGCAGACUAUCCAGGAAGCUCUCAAGAAUCAGAUGGAGGGCAAGAGGGAAGGAACACUCUGUGUUGAGCUCGUGGGGAAGCAGGUGAAGGUCUCCCCCGAUAUGGCAAUCUUCAUUACAAUGAAUCCAGGGUAUGCUGGACGCUCCAAUCUUCCUGAUAAUUUGAAGAAACUCUUCAGGUCGUUGGCUAUGACAACUCCUGACAGACAGCUCAUUGCUGAAGUGAUGUUGUUCAGUCAAGGGUUCAGAUCUGCUGAGAAACUCGCCUGCAAGAUUGUACCGUUCUUCAAACUCUGUGACGAACAGCUAUCAAAUCAGUCGCAUUAUGACUUUGGAUUGAGAGCUUUGAAAUCUGUUCUCAUAUCAGCGGGGAAUGUUAAGAGGGACAGGAUUCAAAGGAUCAAAGAGGGCAUGCAGGGACGUGGAGAAACUAAUAUCGACGAAGCCUCCAUUGCUGAAAAUCUUCCUGAACAGGAGAUUCUCAUUCAGUCUGUAUGCGAGACUAUGGUGCCAAAACUCGUCGCUGAGGAUAUUCCGUUGUUGUUCAGCUUGCUGAAUGAUGUGUUCCCGAAUGUUAAUUAUACCAGGGCUGAGAUGAAGGGACUGAAGGACCAAAUCAGAAAAGUCUGUGGUGAGGAAUAUCUGGUCUGCGGUGAAGGCGAUGAGCAGGGAGGGGCCUGGCAAGAGAAGGAAUUGGUCGGUGAGACGUGGGUAGAAAAGGUCCUGCAAUUGUACCAAAUCUGCAACCUGAAUCAUGGACUGAUGAUGGUGGGUCCAAGUGGUUCAGGUAAAUCGACAGCCUGGCGAGUGCUCUUGAAGGCACUCGAACGUUUUGAGGGAGUGGAGGGUGUGGCCCACGUGAUAGAUCCAAAAGCAAUCAGCAAGGAGACCCUUUACGGUGUCCUGGAUCCCAACACUCGAGAGUGGACAGACGGCCUGUUCACCCACAUCCUGAGAAAAAUAAUCGACAACGUUCGUGGUGAGAUAAAUAAACGCCAAUGGAUAAUCUUCGACGGUGACGUAGAUCCAGAGUGGGUUGAGAACUUAAAUUCAGUCCUCGAUGACAACAAACUCUUGACACUUCCCAACGGUGAACGCCUGAGUCUUCCUCCAAAUGUCCGAGUGAUGUUCGAGGUGCAGGACUUGAAGUAUGCAACUCUAGCUACAGUAUCUCGUUGUGGAAUGGUCUGGUUCUCCGAGGACGUUCUCUCCACCGAGAUGAUCUUCGAGAAUUAUCUGAUGAGAUUGAAGAACAUUCCCCUGGAGGACGGCGAUGACGAUAAUUUGGGGAAGAAAGCUGAUAAGGACGACAUGAUAUCUCCAGCUCUGUCAGUCCAGCGCGAGGUUGCCAGCAUCUUCCAGAGUUACUUUGCACCUGAUGGUCUCGUCGUCAGGUGCUUGGAGUACGCCAUGAAACAAGAACACAUAAUGGACUUCACAAGACUCCGAGCCCUCAGUUCUCUCUUCUCAAUGCUCAAUCAGGCUGUUCGCAAUGUUCUCCAGUACAAUCAUACCCACACAGACUUUCCCCUUCCCAGUGAACAGCUGGAGCGUUACAUGCCUAAAUGCUUGAUCUACGCCCUCCUCUGGAGUUUUGCUGGAGAUGCCAAAUUGAAGGUUCGAUCAGACCUGGGGGAUUUCGUGAGAUCUAUAACAACCGUUCCACUUCCAGCUCAAUCCAACAUCGCAAUCAUCGACUUCGAGGUGAAUAUUCACGGAGAAUGGUUACCAUGGAGCAAUAAAGUACCCCAGAUCGAGGUAGAGACCCACAAAGUUGCCAGUCCAGAUAUCGUUGUUCCAACCCUGGACACUGUGAGACACGAGAGUCUCCUGUACACCUGGUUAGCUGAGCACAAACCCCUGGUGCUCUGUGGACCCCCAGGCUCAGGUAAAACCAUGACUCUCUUCUCAGCUCUGAGGGCACUACCUGAUAUGGAAGUCGUUGGGCUCAAUUUCUCCUCAGCAACUACCCCAGAGCUUCUCCUCAAGACUUUUGAUCAUUACUGCGAAUACAGAAAAACGCCAAAUGGAGUUGUACUGUCACCAGUGCAACUGGGAAAGUGGCUGGUGCUUUUCUGCGAUGAGAUAAAUCUUCCUGAUAUGGAUCACUAUGGGACACAAAGGGUGAUAUCAUUCUUGAGGCAGUUGGUGGAGCACAGGGGCUUUUUCAGGACGAGUGAUCAGGCCUGGGUGUCACUGGAGAGAAUUCAAUUCGUUGGAGCUUGUAAUCCUCCUACUGAUCCAGGGAGAAAACCCCUGAGUCACAGGUUCCUGAGGCACGUGCCUGUUAUUUAUGUAGAUUAUCCUGGAGAGACGUCACUCAAGCAAAUUUAUGGAACGUUCACCAGGGCAAUGCUAAGGCUUACACCGUCGUUGAGGGGUUAUGCUGAGCCACUCACAAAUGCUAUGGUGGAGUUUUAUUUGGCUUCACAGGAGAGAUUCACCCAGGAUAUGCAGCCACAUUACGUUUAUUCACCUCGUGAGAUGACGAGGUGGGUGAGAGGCAUCUGCGAGGCCAUCAGACCCCUAGAUUCACUGUCUGUCGAGGGUCUUGUUCGUCUCUGGGCUCACGAGGCACUCAGGCUCUUCCAGGAUCGUCUCGUCGAGGAUUCAGAGCGAGCCUGGACCAAUAAAAAUAUCGAUGUCGUGGCCUUGAAGCAUUUUAUGGGUGUUGAUCGUGAAAAGGCCCUUGCCAGGCCUAUCCUCUACAGCAACUGGUUGUCCAAGGAUUAUGUUCCUGUGAAUAGGGACGAGUUGAGAGAAUAUGUGAGGGCUAGGCUCAAGGUAUUCUACGAGGAGGAGCUUGAUGUGCCUCUAGUGCUGUUCGACGAGGUUCUCGAACACGUGCUGCGUAUUGACAGAAUAUUCAGACAGCCACAGGGACAUUUACUCCUCAUCGGUGUCUCUGGAGCUGGAAAAACUACUCUCUCGAGAUUCGUCGCUUGGAUGAAUGGAUUAUCGAUUUUCCAGAUUAAAGUGCAUAAUAAAUACACUGGGGAAGACUUCGAUGAGGAUCUUAGACAGGUGCUCAGGAGAUCUGGAUGUAAAGAUGAAAAAAUAGCGUUCAUUCUGGAUGAAUCUAAUGUAUUGGACUCUGGAUUCCUGGAGAGAAUGAAUACUCUGUUGGCUAAUGGAGAGGUUCCUGGAUUGUUCGAGGGGGAUGAGUACACAACUCUGAUGACUCAGUGCAAAGAGGGGGCACAGAGGGAGGGGCUCAUGCUGGAUUCCAAUGAGGAAUUGUACAAGUGGUUCACUGGACAGGUUAUGAAGAAUCUUCAUGUUGUCUUUACUAUGAAUCCAAGCACUGAUGGCCUCAAGGAUCGUGCUGCAACAUCACCAGCCCUCUUUAAUCGUUGUGUUCUCAAUUGGUUUGGAGAUUGGUCUGAUAAUGCUCUGUUCCAAGUGGGUAAGGAAUUCACGAGUCGAGUCGAUCUCGAGAGGCCCUCGUGGAAGUGUCCAGACUUCUUCCCAUCAGUUUGCUCGCUCAUUCCUGCACAGGCUGCCCACAGGGAUGCUGUUAUAAACGCGUGUGUCUAUGUCCAUCAGACCCUCCACAAGGCCAAUGCCAGACUUGCCAAGAGGGGCAGCAGAACGAUGGCCAUCACACCCAGACAUUAUCUUGACUUUAUCAAUCAUUUUGUCAAGCUUUAUCAGGAGAAGAGGAGUGAUCUCGAGGAGCAGCAGCUCCAUCUCAAUGUCGGACUCAGCAAAAUAGCUGAAACUGUUGAGCAGGUUGAAGAGAUGCAGAAGAGUUUGGCGGUCAAGUCUCAGGAGCUUCAGGCUAAAAAUGAAGCUGCCAAUGCCAAACUCAGGCAGAUGGUGAAGGAUCAGCAGGAAGCGGAGAAGAAGAAGGUGCAGAGUCAGGAGAUUCAGCAGCAAUUGGCUAUACAGACUGUGGCUAUCGAUCAGAAGAGGGAGUCUGUUAUGGCUGAUUUGGCGCAGGUAGAACCAGCUGUCAUCGAUGCUCAGACUGCGGUGAAAUCAAUAAAGAAACAGCACUUGGUUGAAGUACGUUCGAUGGCAAAUCCACCUGCAAUCGUCAAAGUUGCAUUGGAAUCAAUCUGCCUUUUACUUGGUGAAAAUGCUAGUGACUGGAAGUCAAUUCGCGCUGUCAUCAUGAGGGACAAUUUUAUCAAUACCAUUGUCUCUAAUUUCAGUACUGAGGAUAUAACCGAUGAAGUUCGUGAGAAAAUGAAGAGCCGAUACCUCAGCAAUCCUGAUUACAACUUUGAGAAAGUUAAUCGGGCGAGUAUGGCUUGUGGACCCAUGGUUAAAUGGGCAACUGCUCAGGUGGAGUACGCAGACAUGCUGAAGCGAGUGGAGCCCCUGCGAGAGGAGCUGUACUCCCUGGAACGUCAGGCAGAGACGAAUAAAGAGAAAGGCGAGGAGGUGAAGCACCUGAUAGCGCAAUUGGAAUUAUCAAUUGCUUCAUACAAAGAGGAGUACGCCCAGCUGAUUUCCCAAGCCCAGGCGAUAAAGACAGAUCUGGAGAAUGUCCAGGGUAAAGUGGAUCGAUCGAUAGCCCUGAUAAAAUCCCUAGUGAUUGAACGAGAGAGGUGGGAGGCAACGAGUGAGACUUUCAGGAGCCAGAUGUCCACGAUAAUCGGUGAUGUACUGCUUUCCUCAGCAUUUCUGGCUUAUGCUGGUUAUUUCGAUCAGCACUACCGCCAGAAUCUCUUUACAACCUGGUGCCAGCACCUCCAUCAUGCAAAUCUACAGUUCCGCCCUGACAUUGCUAGAACCGAGUACUUGUCAAAUCCAGACGAACGUCUUCGCUGGCAGGCAAAUGCUCUCCCAACGGACGACCUCUGCACAGAGAACGCCAUAAUGCUCAAGAGAUUCAACAGAUAUCCCCUGAUAAUUGAUCCUUCAGGACAGGCCACGGAGUUCAUAAUGAAUGAAUUCAAAGACAGAAAGAUCACUAAGACGAGUUUCUUGGAUGACUCAUUCAGAAAAAAUCUGGAGAGCGCCCUGAGAUUCGGUAAUCCCCUGCUUGUUCAAGACGUCGAGAACUACGAUCCCAUCCUCAAUCCAGUACUUAACAGAGAAUUGAGGAGGACUGGUGGACGAGUAUUGAUAACUCUGGGUGAUCAGGACAUCGAUCUGUCCCCAUCAUUCGUUAUUUUUCUGUCGACUCGAGAUCCCACUGUGGAGUUCCCACCAGAUAUCUGCUCUCGUGUGACUUUUGUCAACUUCACGGUCACCAGGAGUUCCCUCCAGAGUCAGUGCCUCAAUCAAGUGCUGAAGGCUGAGCGUCCAGAUAUCGAUGAGAAACGCUCAGAUCUUUUGAAACUCCAGGGUGAAUUCCAUCUUCGUCUUAGGCAGCUGGAGAAGUCCCUUCUGCAGGCACUGAAUGACGCUAAAGGAAAGAUCCUGGAUGAUGACUCAGUGAUAACAACACUGGAGACACUUAAACAAGAGGCUGCUGAUAUCAGUAAAAAGGUGGAGGAGACUGACAAGGUCAUUGCUGAGAUCGAGACUGUCUCUCAGCAGUACAUGCCACUGUCCCAGGCCUGUUCCAACAUGUAUUUCACCAUGGAUUCUCUCAACCAGAUUCACUUCCUCUACCAGUACUCUCUGAAGAUGUUCCUAGACAUCUUUACAUCAGUUCUCUCGCAGAAUCCAAAACUCUCCGGUAUAUCUGAUUACACCCAGAGGCUAUCCUUGAUCACGAGUGAUUUGUUUUCAGUGUGCUACGAGAGAGUGGCACGAGGAAUGCUCCACGCGGACAGAUUGACAUUCGCCCUUCUCCUCUGCAGGAUCCACCUCAAGGGAAUCUCCACAGAGUCCUCUUACGACCAGGAGUUUACGUUCUUCCUGCGAGGAAAAGAGGGAGUUUUGAAUGUUCGAGGUCCAAUGAUUCAGUGUCUGAGCUCUGAACAGCAGGAGGCAAUGCUCAGGCUGAGUCUGCGACUACCAGCCUUUAAGAAACUGGCACAAAAUAUCCAGGAGGAUCAGGACUUCCCCACGUGGUUGCAGUCAUCGAAUCCUGAGACCCAAGUCCCCAAAUUGUGGGAGGAGGAGAAAUCCCUGACACCGAUUGGCACAGCUGUUCACCAGCUGCUGAUUAUUCAGGCAUUCAGACCAGACAGAGUGAUAGCAGCAGCAGCACUCUUUAUCUCAGCGGCUCUUGGCGAAAAGUUCAUGGCAGCUGCUGAAGUGGAGCUGGACUUUGCUUCAGUUGUGGAGAAUCAGUUGAAGGCAGCUGUUCCAGCUUUGCUGUGCUCAGUGCCAGGAUUCGAUGCUUCUGGAAGAGUUGACGAUUUGGCAGCUGAAUCAGGAAAGCAGAUAGUGAGCAUUGCCAUUGGUUCUGCUGAGGGAUUCAAUCAGGCAGAUCGAGCAAUCAAUAUGGCUGUUAAAGCGGGCAGAUGGGUGAUGCUGAAGAAUGUUCAUCUGGCACCUCAGUGGCUGGUGCAGCUUGAGAAGAAGCUCCACAGCCUUCAGCCACAUGCUGGCUUCAGGCUCUUCCUGACGAUGGAGAUCAAUCCAAAAGUGCCCGUUAAUCUCCUGAGAGCUGGCAGGAUAUUCGUGUUCGAGCCACCUCCAGGCAUCAGAGCUAAUCUUCUGAGGACAUUCAGCACUGUACCAGCCUCGAGGAUGAUGAAACCACCUAAUGAACGAGCUAGAUUGUACUUCCUGCUCGCCUGGUUCCAUGCAAUUGUCCAGGAACGUCUCAGGUACUCACCCCUGGGUUGGGCAAAGUACUAUGAAUUCAAUGAAAGUGAUCUUCGAGUGGCAUGUGACACCCUGGACACCUGGAUCGAGGCCACCGCGAUGGGCCGAACCAAUUUGCCCCCUGAGAAAGUACCCUGGGACGCCCUCGUCACUCUCCUCUCUCAGUGCAUCUAUGGAGGAAAAAUUGACAAUGAUUUCGAUCAACGACUGCUCGCCUCCUUCCUGAGGAAACUCUUCACACCUAGAUCCUUCGAGUCUGACUUUGCCCUCGUGGCAAACGUCGAUGGAGGCUCUCAGGGCAAUCAAAGACACAUAACAAUGCCAGAUGGCACCAGGAGAGAUCACUUCCUCAAAUGGAUCGAGUCUCUCUCAGACAGGCAAACCCCAUCUUGGCUGGGACUUCCUAACAACGCUGAGAAGGUCCUUCUCACAACUCGUGGAACUGAUCUCGUCUCAAAAUUACUGAAAAUGCAACAGCUGGAGGAUGAGGACGAACUCGCCUACUCCCACGACGAGUCCCUGGACGCACCUAGAGAGGCUGAGGGCGAUGGAAGGCCAUCCUGGAUGAGAGUCCUUCACAACUCUGCCUCCACGUGGCUUCAGCUUCUUCCCAAGAACCUGCAGACCCUGAAGAGAACUGUCGAGAACAUAAAAGACCCUCUGUACAGGUACUUUGAGCGUGAGGUCAACAGUGGAGCUAAACUUCUGCAGGAUGUCAUCCACGACCUGGAGGAUGUGGUGCUGAUCUGCCAGGGUGAGAAGAAACAAACGAAUUACCACAGGACGAUGCUCUCUGAGCUUGUCAAAGGGAUAUUACCAGCUGGAUGGAGGAGAUAUACAGUACCCAGGGGUUGCACUGUCAUUCAAUGGAUCACCGAUUUCAGUCACAGGGUGUCACAGCUCCAGGAAGUAUCGAGACUCGUGUCUCAGGGUGGAGCAAAGGAGAUUAAGAGCUUUCCAGUUUGGCUCGGAGGACUUUUGAAUCCUGAGGCUUACAUCACCGCCACUAGACAGUGCAUUGCACAGGCCAACAGCUGGUCCCUUGAGGAAUUACAGCUGGUGGUGACAAUUGGUGAUGGAGAUAAUAUCGCAACGGAUGACUGCUCGUUUGCUGUCACUGGAUUGAAACUCCAGGGAGCUCUCUGCAAGGAUAAUCAGCUGUAUCUGACGUCUACCAUCAUGACUGAUUUACCUGUGACAAUGCUCAGGUGGGUCAGGUCCUCUGGGGAUGAGGUCAGGCGGGGAAAACUCUCUCUUCCUGUUUAUCUUAACAGCACGAGGACGGAAUUACUAUUUACUGUCGACCUCAAUACAGCGACCAAUCAGGAACCCCAUAGCUUCUAUGAGAGGGGAGUUGCUGUCCUCACGUCAACUGCUCUCAAUUAAUUGACUCAUUAAUUAAUGAUUAAUUCAUUUAUCAAUUAAUUAUUGAUCAAUUAAUUGGUAAAUUAUGUAUUGAUCAAUUAAUUGAUAUUUGUUUAUUGUAGUUCUGCAGUAUUUAGUGUGUUAGAAUGCCUACACUUUAUAUUCUGUCAGUUUAUUUCGAUGAAGAAUUUCAUAAUCAAUCACUCAGUCGAUGUAUUUUGCGAGUUUUUCUUUUAAUAACUUUAGUCACGUAUUUUUCUAAACUGCUAUGAAUUAUCAAGGUGGAGUACGAUUAUAUAUUUAUUGAAGGGGAUUUUCAAGUAUGCAAUAUUAUUCAAAUAUGGAGAGUGUAAUUUAUUUGCCUUGAAUAAACGUGGCUUGUGCCUGGAAUAAUCUCAUCAA